GAGAGAGAGAGAGAGAGAGAGAGAGAGAGAGAGAGAGAGAGAGAGACAGGAAGUUAGAAUGUCAGGCGUCAUCUUCGGAUACCACAUAGCAUACUGCUUAUCUAGGGUAUGAAACAGGGAGAGGUGGUACAAGCUGUUUCGACAUGGAGGAGGCAAUCAGGAAGCAGGGAAUGUUGUAUUUGCAGCAGCAGAGGUUUGGGAAGAAAUGGAAAAAAAUGUGGUCGAUUGUUUACGGAGAAAGCACCUGCUCCAUUUCUCGCAUGGAGUUCUUUGAGUUCGACAAGAAUCUUCGCAAACAGGAGAAUAAGAAAGUGAUCAAACUGAGUGACUGUAUCCGAGUGACGGAUGUAAAGAUGGAUGGAUGCCCAAAAGAAUCCAUCCCUUUUCUUGUGGAAACAACAGAGAAACUGUUUGUGUUUGCAGCGGAGAGCUCAGAGGUUGAAGAAUGGACACAGACUCUCUGUGAAGUAGCUUUUCCAAUGAACUGGACUGAGCAGCCUUUGGCUUGCAAGAGGGGCAGUGUACAGAGAUCAUUUAAGGGACAGUCUGCUGUGGCGAUGGAGGAAAACUCCCUCUACAGCACUAGAGGAAGUGCGAAGGAGUUUGUAGUGUCUGUACGAAAGACUGAUGCAACGGAAAGAUGCCGACUACGCGGGACAUACAUCCUGAAUGCAGAAGAUGACAGCCUGGUUCUCCGAGACAAGAAAUCGGGAGAAGCCAUGUUCAUGUGGCCCUACAGGUUUUUAAGGAGAUUCGGACGGGACAAGGUGACGUUCUCCUUCGAAGCAGGACGCAGGUGCGUUUCCGGAGAAGGCAACUUUGAAUUUGAAACCAAACAGGGGAACAGCAUUUUCCAAGCCAUCGAAUCUGCCAUUGACGUGCAGAAAACGAGCAUAACAGAUCCCAACUGGCACUGUGCUUCAUCUGAAGGAGACCUCCCACCACCCCCUAGGCCUCCUCCGGUGGGGGACAGUGGCUUCUACAGCACAGUAGGCCAGCCAACGUUUGAAUCUCAGAUUCCUAACAGGGCCAGGGGGAGUGAAAUGUCAAGCGAGACCUUGCCUUCAGGAGUGAAGAGCUUAACUCUUGACCCUAAACCAAGGAAAGCACCAGUCAAGAACAAUCCAAGCCUUCCGUUGUCUUCAGACCUGGCCUAUUCCCAGAUUUCCAGGAUGGUGGUGGACCAACCAAAAGACAAAGCAGCAGAGAAAAAGCAUGCAGAUCUGAAAAACCCAGACUGCGAAUACGCGGUCCCGUUUGACACCAUUGCCAAGAAUCUGAUGGCCUCCGGCUUUGGCGCAUUUUCCCUGCCCAGCCUAGACGAGGCAUCUUUUGAAAAAGAGGAGCCAUCCAUUUCAACUCACAUCCAAGUCACCGAUCCACUGUACGACUCCAUAGAUGAAAGAGCAGUGCAGUCAAGACGGAAGGGCUCAACUUAUAAAGUGGAACACAUCUACGAUGAGCCAGAAGGGUGUGCACUGGCUGCAGCUGCAACCUCUCUGUACGAUGAUCCUGAGGAGGUACGAGGCCAUGCUUGGAAACUCCAGGGUACUGCAGAUCCUUCUGGCCAUGAAUACCCGUAUAACCCACACAUCGAUGACUAUGCAGUUCCUAAGCCGCCCAAGAAGGCUUUUUGUGAAGAUGAGUACUGUGAAGAUUGCGACAUAAGGGAGGAUGAGAGUCUAGAUACCACAUACGAUAAUGUCAUGGUGAAGCUUAUGGCCAAGAAAAGCACAGAGUGAGAUCAUUAUCUGUAUAUAGAGUAAAAUGGUCUUAAUGGAAAACUGAUUUCAACAGAGGUUGGAGGAAUGGUGAGCUGGUCCCAAGAGUGGAGUUUGUUGAAUAGGGAUUUUCUUUUAACCGCUCAAAUUCCAUCAAAUUUUUAAUGUGAAAACAAAAAAUAAGUUAUGUUUUGAAAGUGAACUAUUUGUUGUACACAAGCUGCUUCUUUAUAUCACAUGUAUAAGCCAGUUAUUUGAUUCCCGAAACAAUAUCUGUCUGAAAGUUAUAUGUAUACAUACAGUACACAACUUCACAGGGAGCACAAACAUUAUUGCUGUUUUCCCACAAAAAAAAACAGAUUUAAAGUAUCUGAUAAGGAAAGUGUAGUAUGCAUCUUAGUUAUAGCAUAUAAAUUGCCAGGCCAUUGUCAUUACAGCCUACACAGUUACAACCUACCAUUCCAGAUGAGACUUAUGUUAAUUAUGACUAUUUAAAAAAGAGAUAUGGGCUAGAGAUAUAGGGCCUGGUUUUCCACUGUGGGAAAGUUGCCCACUUCAUACAUUUGCUAUGGAGUGGGCAAUUUGCCUGCAAGUUGCCCACAAUGGAAAAUAUAGGCCAUAGUAUAUACAAGGAUACAAGGCAACCUCUUGGCCACAGAAAAUAAUGUACUGUAACAUGUAGUAGUCUCCGAAAAUGAAAUGAAAUAAGGCAAUGAAAGACUACCUGAGCAAACGUUUGUCUAAAUGUAGUAUUACAUUUAUUUUCAGUUCUGCUGUGAAAUGUAAUUGUCAUGCUGGAGUGUGAUAAUGACAGCACAGUCAAAAGGUGUUUUAACAUUUAAACUGUAUAUAACUAUUGAAAAUGUAUGAAAAUGCAAAUAAUUUAACAAUAAAAAAGUA